AGCGCAGGUGAAAGGACGCUGUCCGACCCGUCCGCCUCGAUCCGCGCUUCACAGGCGUCUCUGACAGCCAGACAGAUUUAAUACGCUAACGAUCUGUUCAUUUCACAUCUAUGGCGGUCGCUUCUUAUUCCAAAAGUUAGUUAUAAUCGGCGCUGCGACCUCAGCGCUAUAUGCAAUGUUUAGUUUCUAGCGGAAUGCUUUCAUCGUCUGCGAGGCAGUUAGGUAACGCGGCUUUUGCGAUUGUUUACGAGGAUGGCAAGGACCGCGUGAUUAAAGCAUCCUCGUAGAAAUGGGAAAAUGGGAGUUGACGAUGGAGCCUGUUCAGGAGUGGGGUGAGGAGCAUGAAGACGGGGCGGUGUUUGGGAUCACCCUGCGCAGAGAGCCGGUCCAGCAAUCGGCCGGACCCACGGAGGCUUUCGUUCAGUACCGAACAUGUAAAGUACGCAGGUUAAAAGCAGCUACGCUGGACAGGCUGAUCUCGCACCUCCUGGACCCCUGCUGUCAGGAGCAGGACUACGGCAGGAUACUGCUGGCCACCUAUCGCACCUUCACCAGCUCCAACAAACUCAUCGAGAUGCUCUUCCAGAGGGACAACCUUGCCUCUGCACUUGACAGCACCGAUUACCCUAACAGCUCUUUGUGGACUGUGCUUCAGAUGUGGCUGGAGGAGUACAGUGAUGAUUUCAGGGACUCUCCCAUGCACUCGUCUCUGCGUCUCAUGUGCUUACAGCUCAGAGGACACCCGGCUCUCUUCACCCUCGCCAAGCACUAUGAAGCGCUCCUCAGGAAGUUCCAGGCCGAAGAUGUUGUGGCAGGAGGUCCAGGUGAUCAAACAGAAGAAUCAGCUUUGAAUAAGAGCGCGAGAGACUAUGAGUCGGACAACCUGGCAGAUUUCAUGGGUUUCUCUGUCACGGAUGUUGCCGAACAGCUCACGCGAAUGGACUCUGACCUGUUUAUGAAGGUGGUCCCUUUCCAGUGUCUGGGCUGUGUGUGGUCUCAACGGGACAAGAAGGAAAACCUCUCACCCACUAUUUGGGCCACCAUCGCCCAGUUCAAUGCCGUCACCAACUGGGUCAUCACCUCUCUGCUUCGAUCCUCGUCGCCCGUCGCGCAUAGGGCCAGAGUCGUUGAGAAAUGGGUUCGGAUUGCACAGGUGUGCAGAGAGCUGAAGAACUUCUCUUCUCUUAAGGCCAUUUUGUCUGCCCUUCAGUCCAACCCCAUCUACAGACUGAGAAAGACAUGGGCUGCUGUCAGCAGAGAGGCCAUGUCUGUGUUCGAGAACCUGUGUGAAACGUUUCCGGACGAGAACUGUGUUCUGACCAGCCGAGAAAUCUUCGUGGAUGUAAGCUAUAAACACGAUGGAAGCCAAACUGAUACGGAUAACGCUGCCACAAAAACAUCCAAGAGAUGGCCUCCAACAAAACAGAUGAGCUCAGCUGGAGGCACUGUUCCCUAUCUAGGGACAUACCUCACAGUGCUGACCAUGAUGGACACUGCCCUGCCGGACACUGUGGAGGGUGGCCUCAUUAAUUUUGAAAAAAGGAGACGGGAAUAUGAGAUAUUAAGGCAGAUCCGUCAGCUGCAGGCCUUGUGUUCCCAGUACGCUUUACCUCAUCACCCUCAGAUCGCCGCCUGGCUACAGAGUCAGAAACUGCUGUCGGAUCAGGAGAGCUAUGAGUUUUCCAGGCAGCUGGAGACUCCUCAUGACACUUCUCCAUCCAACAGCGUCUGGAGUCACCGAACUCUCACCAAAAAGCUCUCAUCGCUCUUGUCGGGGAACGAGGGGUCCAAAAAGAACGCAGACCAGAUCAGCGUGUCCUCGUCGGGAUCCAGCGGCUCUGAAAUUGAGGAAAUAUCUUCUCAAUCAGCGUCUUUUAUAUCUCCGUCUCUUUCAGGCUGCGGUCAAAACACUCCGGCUUUUCCCUCGUCUUCCUCUCCUGAUUCCUCCACCGUGUCCAGCUCGUCCUCCAGCUCUCAGCAGGAGCUCAACCUGCAUCCAUCUUCCUCCUGCUCCUCCUCUUCUUCAGCGACUCACCUGGUCUCCUCCCACAAGCGCUCGGUCUCCAUGACCUCUCUGCCCUUCUACAACAGACAGGUGGACGACUCGUGCAUCAUCAGGGUCAGCGUGGAGUUCUGCAGCAACGGAAACAUGUACAAGAGCAUACUGUUGACUAGUCAGGAUAAGACGGCCCAGGUGAUCCAGAGAGCCCUGCAGAAACACAACCUGGAGGACGUUAGUGAGCAGGACUUCACCCUCGUGCAAGUUCUGGCCCAAGGCAGAGAGUUGCAUAUUCCAGAAAAGGCCAAUGUAUAUUAUGCCAUGUCUACGUCAGCCGACUACGACUUCGUUCUACGUCGAUGCCCAAAAGGCCAGCGGAAACAACUCAUACGCUCCGUUUCACUGUCGUCUGGACGAGCCACAAAAUAACAGCAGAUUCAGCUUCUGGAUUCUGGAGGACAGUUAACGAAAACUGUCAAGACGUGUCACUGAGACACGUCUAAAACAAUUCUUUUAGAGAAAAAAAAUAUUUCUGGCUCACAUUUGACCUUGGGAGUUGAUGACGGCUUCAACGGCAUUCGCAAGCUAUUUUACUUCAGCUAUGUGAUGAAUUUCUGGGUGAAACAGGAUGCUUAGUUAAUGAGCUUCAAAGGAAUAUUUCAACCAAAAAUUAUCGUUCGCUCACCCUUAGGUCGUCAAAGAAAUAAAUGAGUUUGUCUCGUCAUCAGAACAAUUGGAGAAACUGAGCGUUUAAUCACCUGCUCCGCAAUCGAUCCUCUGCAGUGAAUGGGUGCCGUCAGAAUGAGAGUCAGAACAGCUGAUAAAAACAUCACAAUAAUCCACAAGUACUCUCCAGUCCAUCAGUUAUUUUUCUUAAUUUUUCCUUUAUGCAUAACUUUCUACUGCAAAAGCAGUCUCGUCUGAAUCAGGAGAGAAAUAUGCACAGUUCAAGCACUGUUUACAAGCAAACAUUCGAUCCAAAGCAUUUCUAAACAGUAUGCCUGUGGAUUUUAAUGUCGGAGGACAACAGGGGAAUGCAAAUAAAUGUUACGUAUUUAUUUUGGCCAGACGAUUGCUUGUGGAAUAUUGUGAUGUUUUUAUCAGCUGUUUAGACUCUCAUCCUGACGGCACCCAUUCACUGCAGAGCAUCCAUUGGUGAUGAAAUGCUGCAUUUCUUUAAAUCUAUUAUGACGAAGAAACAAACUAAUGAACGUAUUUGAUGGCAUUUUAGCAAACUGUUAUUUUUAGGUGAAGUAGUCGUAUAAGCAUGCAUUUAAUUGCAUUGCGAAAGGCUGAAAUACCAGGGUUUGGUCACAUUAUCACGCGCACUAACGAACCGUGCACGAUAACACUAGGAGCACGAAGUAAAUGGCAUCAAUGAUGUUAACCGUAGGGCUCUUCGGUGGAAAGCCAAAUAUCACGGGUUCGGUUUCAUGCACCCAGGCUCUUCAAAUUGUUUUAAGUGACAAGAGACAUGAUAACCACGACUGCACCUUCUUGAAUUCCUCGCAUUCAGUGCAGUGAUAAUGGGACGAAGUUUCUCAGUGACCUUCAGCUCUCGUUCUCUGACUGAGACGCUGUACGAUAAUGCGCCGGCUUUGAAUAGAAACACAAUCAUGCACCUAGAGGCCUGGGAUGAGACUUUUAUAUAGGUCAGCGUCUAUACAGACUGCCUUUGCAUAACACACGAUCGGUUCACAGUGUUCCUGAUUACAGCAUGAUGAUGGUGUGUGUGUGUGUGAAGACGAGCUGCUUCAACAGGUGCAGUGGCAUUCCAGAGACACACUUUCACAUCCGCUUUCAUGUGCGAUGGUCAUUUAACGAAUCCAUUUUCAAAAAAUAGCACGAUUAAUUAUCGAACGGAAUCGUUUGGCAGCAUUACCGAAGAUUCAGUGGAUAUUUUUAAAUCAUGUUUCAUACCCUCCUCCAUCAGCAUCAAAUUCAAGCAACUCGACUCUCCACAAUUAGUCUGCGCUUUCGCGAACUUAUACGAGCUCUUGCAGAGUAAAAUUACGAAGAUAAAUUGUAUUAUCGCUCACAUGCAUUACAAUGUAGAUAUGUUGGUUAAACGAUAUGUGUUUAUAUUGGUUAAUGUUAACUAAAUUUUAGAUACAGCGCUAUGUGCAAUAUGAAAUGUUAGUUUUUUAGUAGUUUGCAUUCAUUUUAUUGUAUUCUGACCCCCACAGCAUUUCACUGAAGGAUUUAUGUGUUUGUGUCUGAAAAGCAUUGCAUCAGUCUCUUUUGAUACUCUGUCGUCUCUCUCGAUGUAAAACGCGGAAAUGAAACCACAUACCGCAAUAAACACAAUCCGUGAGCUGAGAUGAGAUGAAAGAUGGCUGCGCGCAGAUUAUGUGGAUUUGCUGUGAUGUAAAAAGAGGCAAUCGUGGCACCGAAACGAGCUCGUAGAAAAUGCUUUCCAGGACUGAUUAUGCUAAACAGUCUGCCACUAAAGAAAAGAUGCGUCCAAAGUCUGGAUUAUGAGCACCUAAACAGAACCAUGUUUAGCAAAUCUGAAAGCAGUUUUGUAUCCAGUUUUGCAUUUGGAGAUAUCAGUGAUGUCAGCUGAUGUGGAGAAAUGAAUAAUAAUAAAAAAAAAAUCUGAACUAAGA